AUACCAUGAACUUCCUUAAUCAAAAGACGAUAAAACUCGCUACCUUGGCUCCUCUAUUCCGACGCCGCAACACGGCGGAUGCACCAUCACAACCUUCCUUUUAUCGGCCCACAUAUUUUUCAAGUGUCAACCGUUUACCUACAUUGAUUCUUAACUUCAUGGUUUCAAUUUAAGCUCGACAAUCACUGAAAACCAUCACAUUCUUGAUUAAAUUAGUGUGCAGGGUGUCUCUUCCUCUAAACCCUAGUGCUUCAAUUCCAAUUCUCCAAGCACCACCUAUUGGGCAGUUUUCUUGAUUAUCAAGACACACAUAUAGUUAUAUACACAUAAUUACUUCAUCGCGGCUUUUUAACCGGGUUUAUGGAAGACAAAUACAGUGUUGAAUCUGCAGAAGCACUUGCGAACGAAGCAUUGCGGUUGCCAAUAUCGGAGGCAGUGCCUAUCUAUGAGCAGCUAUUGGCCACGUUUCCCACAGCGGCAAAAUAUUGGAAGCAAUAUGUAGAAGCACAUAUAGCUGUCAAUAAUGAUGAUGCAACAAAACAGAUAUUCAGCAGAUGCCUAUUGAAUUGCUUGCAGAUACCUCUUUGGCGUUGCUAUAUAAAUUUCAUCAGAAAAGCCAAUGAGAAAAAGGGGUUAGAGGGUCAAGAGGAAACUAGGAAAGCUUUUGACUUUAUGUUGGGUUAUGUUGGAUCUGAUAUUGCUUCUGGGCCUGUGUGGACUGAAUAUAUUAACUUCUUGAAAUCUUUACCGGCUCAAAAUCCACAAGAAGAAUCACAGAGAAUGAUUGCUGUAAGAAAAGUAUACCAAAAAGCUAUUGUGACUCCUACUCAUCAUGUUGAACAACAUUGGAGAGACUAUGAGAAUUUUGAAAAUUCAGUUAGCCGUGCUCUGGCGAAAGGAUUGGUAUCAGAGUAUCAACCAAAAUAUAAUAGUGCAAGGGCUGUCUAUAGAGAGAGAAAGAAGUAUGUUGAUGAGAUUGAUUGGAAUUUGGUUGCUGUUCCACCUUCUGGUUCUCUUAAGGAAGAAUUGCAAUGGACAGCAUGGAAAAGAUUCUUAGCAUUCGAAAAGGAGAAUCCUCAAAGGAUAGACAGUGUGUCUGCUAACAAGCGCAUCUCAUUUACUUAUGAGCAGUGCCUCAUGUAUCUAUAUCAUUACCCUGAUAUAUGGUUUGAUUAUGCCACAUGGCAUGCAAAAAGUGGAUCAAUAGACUCUGCAAUCAAAGUAUAUCAACGUUCUUUAAAAGCUCUUCCUGAUUGUGCAAUGCUAAGGUAUGCUUAUGCUGAGCUUGAGGAGUCCCGAGGGGCAAUUCAGGCUGCAAAAAAAGUAUACGAAAGCCUUUUAGGAGAUGAUGCCAAUGCAACUGCAUUAUCACAUAUACAAUUUAUUAGAUUCUUGAGAAGAACAGAAGGUGUUGAAGCAGCUCGCAAGCAUUUUAUGGAUGCAAGAAAAUCUCCAAAUUGUACUUACCAUGUUUAUGUUGCUUAUGCAACAAUGGCAUUUUGUAUGGACAAGGACGCAAAGAUUGCACAUAAUGUGUUUGAAGCAGGGUUGAAAAGAUACAUGCAUGAGCCUGGAUACAUUCUUGAAUAUGCAGAUUUUUUGUCUCGCUUAAAUGAUGAUAGAAACAUUAGGGCUUUAUUUGAACGUGCAUUGAGCUCGCUUCCACCUGAAGAGUCUAUCGAGGUUUGGAAGAGGUUUUCACAGUUUGAGCAGACAUAUGGAGAUCUUGUUAGCAUGUUGAAGGUGGAGCAAAGAAGGAAAGAAGCUCUUGCUAGAACAGGUGAAAAUGGAGCAUCAUUAGCUUUAGAGAAUUCCUUACAAGAUGUUGUAUCAAGAUACAGUUUUAUGGAUUUGUGGCCUUGCUCUUCAAAAGAACUCGAUCAUUUAUCUCGCCAAGAUUGGCUUUCAAGUAAUGGAAACAAGAAAGUUGAGAAAUCAACUCUUGUUAAUGCAGAUAAAAAUCCAGGAGGACAAGUUUUAUCGAAUGUAUCUUCUAAAGUUAUUUAUCCAGAUACUUCAAGAAUGGUAGUAUAUGAUCCUACUAAACAAAAGCCUGGUGUAAGUGUAAGCACUCCUGUUCUUCCUUCUAUAUCUACCACAUUGCUUAGUUCUAGUGUGUUAGCCACUGGAGGGGCGCCAAGUGUCCCUAUUGUCAUCCCAAAACCCCUCCCGCCUGCCUUGUCAGCAUUUAUAGCAAGUUUGCCUCCUGUUGUCGAGGGUCCGGUUCCUGAUGUUGACUAUGUUCUAUCAAUAUGUUUACAAAGCAAUCUACCAAUUAUGGAACAGCCUGCCUCCAUUGAUGUCAACAAAUUUAAACCAAGAGACAGACAACAUGGAAAGAGAAAAGAUGCUGACAGACAAGAAGAGGAUGAGAGUAAUACGUUGGUUCAAAGUCAAGUACAAGCGCCUAAAGAUGCAUUUAAGAUAAGACAAAUGAGAAAAUCACGAGUUGGUGUUGUUGGUGGGGCCCAAAGUGGAAGCGCUGUGUCAUAUGCUACUGGUAGUGUACAAACUGGAUCGGCUUCGUAUGGUAGUGGCUUUUCAGGGGAACAUUCUGGAAGCUUUGGUUGAUGAAAUUAAACUAUAAUAAUAAUAAUGCUAUAAUUGGAUAGAUUUUUUUAUAUAUAAAUGGGAGUUUACCAUUUUUACUUUUACUUUGUAUAUGGUUGUAGGUAAGAGAGUAAGAGAGUGAGAGUCAAGUUGUAACAUAUAAUAUGAUCCUGCUU